UUUCCAUAGUCCAUUAUAUCAGUUUAGCACGUAGUUUCCCUCUGUUCGCUUCAAUUGCAAGCUGCUUCCUCUUUGAAAUACUUGAAAGGAUACCGACAAGGUGUAUUCGAACAAAUCAAAGUUGGGCGAGGCAAGAGCUGACCAGCGCCAGGUUUCUACUUUUUAAAGAAGAGCCACCACGAAAUCAUGGGUCUGACAAUCGAUGAUUUUCUGGAAAAGAUCGGCAGUUUUAGUAGAUUUCAGUACAAACUUCUGUUUUUUUGCGGUUUUAUGGAGCUAUUUGGAGGUGGUCUUCAGAUCAUGAUUCCAACCUUCCUCAGCGCUGAACCUCCAUGGCGCUGCAAAGCAAACAGUUCUGCAUGUAAUCUGACCGGAAUUUUCAAGCCAGGAGAUGACAAGUACAGCUAUCGUUGCUCCGUUCCACGAGAUGAUUGGGAGUUUGACACCACUGAAUUUAAUUCUGUUGUGAGCGAGUGGGACCUGGUCUGUGACAUAUCAGCACUUUCCGCAUUGACCAAAGCUGUUAUGUUCUUGGGCUAUUUCAUUGGAGUUGUUGCCGGUGGCGUGUUAUCCGACAAAUUCGGCCGCAAGCCUGUCAUUUAUUUCGUGUUCUGUGUGAAUAACAUUGCUGCCCUAGCUGCAUCUUUCGCACAGGCCUAUUGGGUUUACGUCCUUCUCAGAGUUACGGUCGGUUUUUGUAUUGGUGUCGGAGGUUUGGGCUUGUAUGUAUUGGUGGUGGAGUACGUGGGAAAACGUCAUCGACACGUGGUUGGAACUGCCCUGUUUUACUUCUGGGUACUGUCACUGCUGCUUGUAGCAUUGUUAGCUUAUCUGAUAAGAGACUGGCGAACACUUUCAAUUGUGGGAGCAGCUCCAGGCCUUUUGCAUAUUUUCUUCUGGUGGUUUCUUCCAGAGUCCCCUCGCUGGCUCCUCGCAAAUAACAAACCCGAAAAAGCUUUGAUAGAACUUACAAAGGUGGCCAAGUUCAACAGACAAGAAAUGCCCGCUGGAGACCUGGAAGAGAAAGAAGAGAAACAGAGACAGGGGGAUUUCCGGGACCUCUUCAGUACAAUGACGAUGACUAAAAGAACCCUGAUAUCGUGGUUUGCUUGGAUGGUUAUAUCGUUGGUAUAUUACGCUGUUUCAUUCAGUGCUGGAAAUUACGGCGGAAAUCGUUAUCUGGUGUUCUUCUUGACAAGCCUGGUGGAAUUUCCUUCCAACUGGACUUGUAUUUUCCUUUGCCGCAAGAUUGGCCGCAAGAAAACCACUGUUCUUGGACUGAUUGUGGCAUUCUUAGCCUCAGUGGUUGCAGUUCUUUUCCAACGAGAUUUGAAGAACAAAGGUUUCAUGGUGGCAAAUAUUGUCAUGUCACAGGUGGUCGCCAAGUUUUUCAUCAACAUGUCCUUCAGCUCAAUCUACGUUUAUUCAAGCGAGCUCUUUCCGACUGUUAUCAGGAGCUUAGGUGUAGGGACCUCAUCUGCCGCAGCUCGGAUUGGCUCUAUGUCGGCACCAUACAUCAAUUGGUUGAUAAGUGUUCACAUCGUCUUGCCAUACACCAUUGUGGCAGCGCUCACUUUUAUCUCGGCGGGUCUGUGCUUCCUACUUCCUGAAACAAGAGAUUCUCCAACUCUUGAGAAUAUGGAUUCCGUUAACAGCUCUUCCGCUGAGGAACCAACCAACGAAAAGCUUCCCCUUGAACCAAGCCAAGAGAAGGAAGGCAUGGGAGAAUUGCUACUUAAUCAGAGCUACCCAGCCUAAAUGAUUUAUACACGACUUAUCAGUAGUUAAAUAAUUUAGUAGAUGUUUCCAGGCAUGACGCAAUUCAUCUUUUUAGUCAUAAUUUGAAAUGGAUUACAAUCGUUUAUCCUUUUUCGCUCUGACGAAGGGCUAACGGUCGAACCGUCAUCCUUUUAACUCUUUACGGUGGCCAGUUUACAAUUUCAACU